AACCCAUGGAAAACAUGGGAGAACACGCAAACUCCACUCAGAAAUGCCAACUGACCCAGCCGGGACUGGAACUAGCGAUGAGAACAUACCAGUGCUGACAGAAGGUGGCAGCAAUGCGCAAGACUUGCGAUACGCCUAUAGAAAACUGCAGAAGAAGAAGCGGUAAAAAAUAAAAACAGAAGGAAAAUGCCUGACAUAAAUGAACCACAGGCUUUAAUUAAAAGAUUCAAUUUACCCUUUUUCAUUUCAAACACAUGAGGCUAACAAAAAUUGAAGAAACAAGGAGAGCGACAUCCAAACAAUGGCUCACAUCACAAUUAAACUGAGAGGUCAAAAGCCUCAACCAAACCCCUGGCAUGCAGAUGCUACUUUAUUCACAUGCCCUUUCUGCACAAGUGACGUAUAUAAACCAAGACAGUACCAUCAAAUAAUGGCCCAUUUAGCUGGACAUAAACUGAGGGCUGUUGAAUAUGGAGCUCAAGUUAUAUACGGCUGCAACCUUGGCUGUGGAGAAAAGACCAGACAUUUUCAUUGCUGCGAGUGUCCCAAGAUGUUCACCAAUAAAAAUCACCUUAGAAUUCAUCUCUGUAGCGCUCAUCCGAUAGCCACGAAACCGCCCAAAUCUCCUUUGAAAUCUCAACCAGCAUCUCAUCCACAUAUAAUUGAAUCCCAGCAACUGGAAGAUGGUCCACAGGAAUCACCAGCUCCUCCAGUGACUAAGAGAAAGCAAAUCUCUAUGCCAUGUUUUCAUGGGCACAUCACAGUUCAACUGAGAGGUCAAGAGCCCCGACCAAACCGCUGGCAUGCAGAUGCUACUUUAUUCACAUGCCCUUUCUGCACAAGUGACGUAUAUAAACCAAGACAGUACCAUCAAAUAAUGGCCCAUAUAGCUGGACAUAAACUGAGGGCUGUUAAAUAUGGAGAUCAGGUUAUGUACUGCUGUAAGCUAGGCUGUGGUGAAAAGGCCAAACAUUUUCACUGCUGCCAGUGUCCCAAGACUUACAGCAAUAAAGAGGAUCUAAAAAGGCAUCUUUGCAGCACUCAUCCUGUAACUAUUAGUACUCCAAAACUUCCUUGUCAAAAACAAGAACCUCGCCCAUCAGCAGAACCUCCCUCGGAAAAAACAGCGUCUCAUCUGCAAAAACCUGAUUUGAAGCAACCUAAACCUCCUCAACUAAAAUUAGCAGCUAGAAGAGAGAAGAUGAAGAGAAAGCAAAAAACUGCGGAUGGUCCUUAUGAGCAUGUCACGGUUAAGAAGAAAGGACAACAGCCUCAACCAAACCCCUGGCAUGCAGAUGCUACUUUAUUCACAUGCCCUUUCUGCACAAGUGACGUAUAUAAACCAAGACAGUACCAUCAAAUAAUGACCCAUAUAGCUAUACAUAAACUGAGGGCUGUUGAAUAUGGAGAUCAGGUUAUAUACAGCUGUAAGCUAGGCUGUGGUAAAAAGGGCAGACAUUUUCACUGCUGCCUGUGUCCUAAGUCUUACUGCCUUAAAGAGGAUCUAAAAAAGCAUCUUUCCAGCGCUCAUCCUAUAGCUACCUGCACACCCGACCCACAAGCAGUAAGUCACACACUACAAGAACCAUCUCAUCUGCAAGAACUUGAUUCACAGCAACAUGAACCUCAUCAACUAGAAUUAGCAGAGAUGGAGAGAAAGCAAAUAUCCGUGCAAGGUCCUCAAGAGCAUGUCACAGUUAAGAAGAAGGGUCAAGAACCUCGACCAAACCCCUGGCAUGCAGAUGCUACUUUAUUCACAUGCCCUUUCUGCACAAGUGACGUAUAUAAACCAAGACAGUACCAUCAAAUAAUGGCCCAUUUAGCUGGACAUAAACUGAGGGCUGUUGAAUAUGGAGAUCAAGUUAUAUACAAAUGUAGCCUUGGCUGUGGAGAAAAGACCAGACAUUUUCACUGCUGCCAGUGUCCCAAGACGUACAUCAAUAUAAGUGACCUAAAAAGGCAUCUUUGCAGAGUUCAUCCCAUAGCGCCGUCUACUCCAGAACCACAGCCUGGAUCUCCUCUCUCCUCAUUCUCUGUAUCUCCGGUUGGUAGUCCACUACAGGAACCUUCUUCUCUAUUACCAGCACCGAACUUAUCAGCGAAGAUUGUUAUAAGAAAGCGAAUCGUACAAUGUCCUCACUGUGGACUCAAUCUGAAUUCGAAAAACUUGAAGAAACACAUAGAGCGCAAGCAUCAGACAUCCACGCAUCCUAUUGCUUCAACCUUACCAGCACAGUGUGUGGAUAAAAAGAAUGGAAUAUAUGUCGUGUCAGAGUCAUUUUUGGAGCCCUGCACCCUCGUCCACGUAGCCAAAAGGUUUUGGGGCUCAACCCACAAGGUUAUGUGCGAAAUGGACAUUUGCAACAGUCGUGUUGCAAUGGCACAAAGGAACCAACUUUUGGUCAGACAAUGUUUGCACCUGAGCUCAGUAGACUAUUGCUGUGCUGUUGCUCCUACGGAAGGUCUAUCAGAGGAGGUGCUGGAUCAGAUGGUGGACCAAAAAUGGUUUGACAACAUAACGAAAAACCAAUGCCUCAAGCAGCAAAACCGCGCUAAAAGUGAAGGAGCGACAUUUACUAGCCUUGUUACUAUCGGAGGAUCCGACAACAUGUAUUAUAUAUCAAUAUUUGAGCCAGAGGUGGCACAUUACUGUAAAUUGGGCAGAGUCUUGGUGAAUUACAAUGCUAAGACAAACACUUGGGAUUGCCCUUGUAGCGAAUCUGGAAACUCCUGCCUGCACAAGAGUAUUGCAAAGUGGUGUCUCUUUCAAAUGAAGAAGCAGCUCUUCAAAACAAUGCCAAACGCAGAGGAAGAGAUUGAAAAAGAGCUACAGGAGGCAGAUGGAUGACUCUAACAAUAUCUGAAUGCCUAGAUUAGAAGAUGGAGUUAACUUGUUACCAGAAGUUCGGCAGUUGGACCACGCCUCACUUUGCCUCCUUAACCAAUCAUCUACUCCCUAAAACUUAUUUAAGGCAGACUAGCCCUAUUCGUCCUGUUCUCUCAAACCCACCCUCCCACUCUCUAUUUGCUUGUAUCCCAUUGGCAAUACAUUAACCCUCACUUCCCUUCUAGGUUGAAUCGGGGGAUCCAAUAACCAAAAUAUUACAGAGACGGUACCCUCACUCUGAAUCUCAGAUCAUCAUCAUUGGACACACGUUAACCUACCUACUGUACCUGUUACUUCCGUUCCCCUACAUCCUACUGUUCCCUUACCACCCCUUUUCAUCCCUACAAUAAAGCCUAGCUCAAAGUGUGGCGAGGUCCAUGCUGGUGAAAUCAGAUUUAACAAAAAAUGCAGCUGUUUGUUAAAAAUGUUUCCUUGAAAAUCUUUUAAGUUUGUGAAUCUUGAACAAAAUUCAAUACAAUUUAAAUUCAUGGCCCUGGAAAGGUUUUGAAAAUAAACAUACAUGUAGACGUUU